CCCAGCUGCAGCACCCACAGCUUCCUUUAAACACUGUAGUUCUUCAUGAGUCCUGACAAGCGAAGGAGGGUUUAUUCUUUUUACUUAUAAAGGACAAUAGGAUGGUAACCACUCUAGGAUUUGCUGAUGUGGUCUGGCUCAUAUUUUUGUACGCUAUAUUUUAUGCUGCUUUACCAAAUGUACAGGGAUCAAAGGAAAACAAACACAGACUCUACCGCUGCAACUUGGAUGAGACUGUGAAGAAGCCAUCUUCGGUGAUUUUAAACUGGAAGGUAGAUCGGGAAAAUAUGGAGAUGACCUGGGACUCUAAUGUCACAGUGGCCCAAUGUUCUGUUGAUACUCCUCGGAAAACUUGUGACUAUGGUAUUAUAGAACAAAAUAGCACAAUGUGCUAUUUUGACAGCGUGUCGCUUCACGAGGGGGCUACAUUCAUCAUCAAAAUAAAGUAUCUGAAUCAGACUCUUUCAGAUAGCGUCUACUUUCCCCCUCAAGAAACUGAUGGAACAUCAGCUGAAAAUUUCUCCUGUGUGCUUUACAAUGAUUCUUCUGUGAACUGCACUUGGAAUGCUGGCAGAAAUGCUCCAGCAGAUGUUCAGUAUUUUCUUUACCUGAAGUACAAUACGGAAUACUCUGGCAAAGACAGAGAACAAAAGAGAGAGUGUCCACAUUACAUAAAUAAUACCCUCGGAAGACAUAUCGCAUGCCACAUUCCUAAAAUGAAUUUUGAUUCUAAUAACGACGCUUACUACUUCUACGUGAAUGGAUCAAGCAAAAAGUCGCACAUUCGGUAUUAUGAUGUGCUCCUCAAGCCAUGCAGCCAUGAAAGGCUAGGCCCUCCACAAGCCAUCACUCAAAAUUGCUCUAAGCUACCAUCAAAGUGUAGAAUACAAUGGACACCUCCUCUCAACAAUGAGUACUGCUGCUGCAUUCGUUACGAAAUAAAGGAUGAAAUCAAAAAUACCACUGAACUUAUAACUUACAAUUACAAAGACAUUGAUGUGGAUGAAAGACAUAUCUUGAGGAUCCGUUCACUUAAAAACCAAUAUGUCAAUAGUGAAUGGAGUGAACCAAUUGUAUUAGACCCCCCAAGCCAACCAAUUCCAUCAUCAGCAAUUAUUUUAAUACCUGUAGCAGUUGGAACCAUCUUAAUUAUCUUAAUCCUGGUUUUUCUCUGUAAAAGAUACCGUAUAUGGCAUAAGCUAACUGUUCCAGUUCCACAACCAAAAGACCUUUUCCAGCAAUAUAGCAAGAAUACAGAGAAAGAAUGGAUGGAGCCAAUACCAACAGCAUGUGAGCCUGACGAAAAAAUAACAUUCAUUGAAGAAGUUACUGAUGGGUUUAAAAAAUAAAGAUACUUCUAGCAAGCUACUGACUUGUAUAGUUUCUAUCCCUGCUUCUUGAAGGGUAAAGGAAGAGGCCACUGUCAGCAAUUCAGUGCUGUUGCUGAAAGACAAGAAGCCAUUAGGCAUCUUUAGGCAUCAUCUGCAAGCAACUUUUGGAAAAAGUAGCCGCUUGAUAUCCUAUUAUGCUGUCUUAUUGCAUAUGAGUGUAGUGGUAAUGGAAGUAAGGAGAGGGACAUCGUCCCAGUAUCCUUUACAGAUCAUUUAGUGUUUAGUUCUAUAUAAUCAUCUACUUACAAAAUAUUAAA